AUCGGGCGGACGUAGUGUCGAGAGCAUAGACAAAGUCACAGGCGAGCCUUUCUCUACAUCUUAUGUGAAGUACAUUCGCUAACGACGUCCCAUAGAUGGCGCACGUUACUGACCCGGUUGAUCGACGGCCAGCACGAACUUCAAGUUCGCAUCUGCCACCCGAAUUAUGGGACCAUGUUAUCGACGAGUUAUCAUCCAACUGUCCAGCCCUCCGAGCAUGCGGCCUCACACACCGAGCAUGGGUGGCAUCGACCCGUCGACAUCUCUUCAGAGCGGUCAAGCUGAAUACCAUCGCAGGCUGUGAACAAUUCCGAGAGCUCGUCCUCGCGUCCUCGUCCGUCGGCACAGGCAUAGCGCAGUACGUGUGCGAUGUCACGCUCACCAAGGUCCGCCUGCGCCUCGAUCGCCCCGAUGAUCCGAUGGUAUCCAACGUACCGCCCCUGGAGCGAACGCUCUCGAUGCUGCCCAAUGUGAGCUGCCUGUGGCUAGACGACGUUGACGUCAAGUGGUGGCCGGAGCUACCAGGCACAGAUCCUUUGGACAACGGGUACCCCGACCGGCCACUACGGUCGCUGUUCACCUUGCCACGGCUGCGGACGCUGCACGUUCUGUCGGUCGUCUUCGACUCGAUCUCUGACAUCGUGUUGCUCCUCGCCGCAUUCCCGCAGGCGUCGUCCUUCCAGCUACGUUACCUGCUCCCCAUACACUCGGGCCCGGGGUAUUGGCCCCCGCAGCUGCCAGAGAACAUGCGGACGGAUGCGCAGCCAGUCAUAUGCAUUCGGGAUCUCACUGUCGCUGCGUUGACGGAGACGGCGCGCUUGCUGAGCGCGCUCAAGCGCCCGCCUUUCGAAUGUGCACUGCAGAAGUUGCACUGGGGACUCAUGCCUCACAUCUUCACACGAAGGGCCGAUGAGGAGUCUCUAUUCAUGACCAUCGUGCGAGAGGCGUCAAGUACCUUAAAAGAACUCGAAGUCCACUGCAUGGCGAAUUCAAUUGUGUUCGCCGAGAUGGAUCUAUCCCUGCAUUCACACCUCAGGAUGCUCCGCGUGGCUCUCCUCAGCACAACGGAUGUUGAAUCGAAUACCUUUCCUCCGACGUUCUCGACGUUGCUCUCUCGCACCCCCGACACUCUGCGGGCCUUGCACCUGCCCAUCCAACUGUCGGUGUCCUCUGAUGGAAUCCCGCUGUGGUCGUUUAUGGAUUGGCCGAGCGUCGACGAGACACUGGCACUCCUGCACAAGAGAAACCCCUUGUUGGUGGUGUAUCUGCGUCUCUUCUGCGGUCUACGACUGAAUGCGCGCUUGCCGGAGGUGGUGCAGCCCCUGAUGUCGCGGUUGUCCACUGCGCUGCGCGCAGGGCUGCGUGUCCGUGUGUCACUAGGCGGUUAUACUCCUGGACCUGCAGGAGAGUCUGUCCCGGAUGAGUACUACUGGCUUGCGUGAAUUUCUCUUUUAGGACUGAUAUAGAGCCCCGGAGGCAAUAUGUCGAUUCGUCGUGGACGACAGGAGUAUUCGUACACAGAAAUAGCUGCUGCCUGUAAAAUCGUUGCAAGCCUACUGCAGCUGAUCGAAUGUACAGAACGCGACUUCUACUGUCAUAU